AUAUGGCACCAUGCGACGGUUGACAUACGAGAUGGUAUGAUACGAUGCUGAUGUAUGAAUGUAUUGGGGUAUUGGGGGGAGAGGCCAGGCUAGGCUAGGCUGGACAGGACAGAGAAACAGGGCGUAAAAAGGGAGAGAGGGAGAGAUUGUGUUAUUGUAUUGUAUGGAGUCGUAUGGUGUGUUUGUUGUUGCCUUGCAGCAACGCAAACAAGCAAAGAGCACCAAUAAUAGGAUAUGAAAUAGGGAAUAUGAACCGACACAAAUAAUCCGUGGGCAACUUGCAUUAACAAACUUUUCUUUUCUCUUCUUUCUUUUCUUUCCCGCAGGCGCAUCCAAUCCAAGUCCGACCGCAAAGCAGCACCAGCCGCCCAUCCAUGGCUCACUCUCGCCACUUGGAACACUCGGAACACUUGGGGCACUCGGCACGCAUGGAGCACUCCCGAGGGACCCCAUGCAGCCGCAGCAGUUCCAGCUACCACUUUUCCAGAGCUUUUUACAGGCCCCUGUGCCCCAGGACAUGCUGAUUCAACAGCAACAACAGCACUUCAUGCAAGAACAUCAGCGUCAACAACAGCUACAGCAACAUCUUCAGCAACAAUUGCAACAGCAGCAGCAGCAGCAGCAGCAACAGCAGAAUCAGAGUCAGAGUCAGAGCCAGAACCAGACUCCGAUGCUUGUCCAGUCACCGUCGACUAGUUCGAUCCACGACAUCAACACCUGCAUCGACGAUCUGGAGAGCAAACAUACCCACAACACCCUUGUUUACAUUAUGGAGUCCCUAAAGCUCACUGACACAACCAACCAGACCUCGAGAAAGGCCUACGACCUCGUCGUCGAGAAAAAAUCCGAGGCCCUCAACGCAAUACCGACCGAGAUCAGUCUGCCCCCGGACCUGUCGCUGCCCACAAGGUCCACUGAUCUCCCGAGCGCUGAGAUCAGGGAUCAUCUUGUCGACACCUACUUCACUUAUCGAUAUCCUAUCUGGCCGAUCGUCCACAAAAAGAUCUUUUUGACUCAAUUGCACGAUCCUAAUAGCACGCCUUCGCUUUUACUAUUGAAUGCCUUGUUUGCAUAUGCUUCACGCUAUUCCACCUGGCAGGUCCUUCGAUCCGAUCCAGAUAAACCUGAGACCGCCGGUCAGCUCUUCCUUGAGCGCGCACAGGCCAUGCUGCCGGCCUUUCUAAUGGCUCCUCGGCUCUCGACAGUCCAAGCAUUGCUCUUUUUGGCCCAGCUAGAGGACAACGCGACCCAGCGUCACACGUACCAUAGCAUGGCCGUCCGCAUGGCUCAAUUACUCGACCUGCACAAGAACUGCGCCCAUCUGGGUCUACCUGAUGAUGAAAAGGAGACGCGCCGCUGCAUCUGGUGGACUUGCUAUAUGAACGACCGCCUACUUGCCCUUUCGACUCGGAAACCCGUCAUUAUCCAUGACGGUGACUGCAACAUUGACCUGCCCUUUCAGGAGCACAUCUACGAUGGACCCAGGAAUAACUCGGUUUCGCUCUCGCAUUAUUACUCUCCGCCUCAGUUGUUUUAUCAGUUGCUUCUGCUGAGCAAGAUCGUCGGCGGCGUCCUGAAGCAUUUUACCAAAGUCGCCAACAAACGGUAUCGGAGUUCCGAUGCACAUGAAGUCGCUCUGACAGCUUUGGAUGAGUCACUUUUCACCUGGCUGGCAUCGUUGCCCGAUCAUCUCCAAUAUACACCUGCCUCGGAUGCACUGACGACAAAAACGCUCCCAUCGCCUUAUGUUGCGGCCCUCCAUCUAUAUUUCUAUUCUAUCCUGCACACUCUUCACAACCCUUACAUGGACUCAUCCAAUCCUAGGGCAACCAGCGACAUGCCAAAGUCGCCUCCUUCUCUUGAACGAUGUACUCUGGCGGCCUCGAUGAUCACAGGACUCUCUCGCUCGCUCUGCUUUCAACCACAGUAUGGACUCAACUUUGGAACACAGUGCUACGCCAUUCUGCACGCAGCCAUCAUGCACCUCACGAAUACGGCCAACACGACAUCGUACCAGAGUCUCAAGUCCAAGUCGCAAUUCAUCUCAACUCUUAGUGUCAUCAAGGCGUAUUCACAGCAUUACGCUUUCGAAGGGGUCAAGAAGAGCUCAGAUGUUAUGGACAAUAUCUACAACUGGCAGGUAGCAAGGCAUCAGGAUGACAGCCCCAGCCCGUCGAUGGGCCCGUCGACACCCUCAGCUGCCUCGUCCGCGUCGGUGUCGUCGCCGAACCAGGGAACGAUCAUGAGAGAGGUCAAGCAUCCGGAUCACCACCACGUGCUUCAUCAUUUGCAUCAUCCGUAUCUCCGCUCGGACUCCACGCCGUCGAGCCCAAGGCUGGGACCUAAUGCUGGCGCCAGCGCCAACUUCCCCUCGCUUUGCAUUCCUUCUUCUCCUGCUCCGACGCAUGAAAGUGUACUGACUUCCAGGACUCGGUCACCGCACGCAUGGCAGUUCAACAGCGUGGCGACCAGUAUGGCAAACACGCCAACGAAUUCAGGAAGCCCGAUGCUGAAACCUGAGGCGGAUAGGAAUCAGGCAAUACCAUCGUCCGCAAUUGUAUCUCGCACUGUUGUCAACUGUUCAUCCGAACCCACGCCAGAGUCCCAGGCCUUGCUUUCAGAUAUUUACAGCCAGAAUCCAACCAUCACUUUCGAUAAUGGACGGACAUCACCUCUGGAUCAGACAUCACUGGGCGCGAUUCUAGGAUUUGAGCUGCCGCACAGCUCGAACGAAGAUGAGGACAAUGCUUAUUGGAACGCACAGGCGAAUUCUCUUGGUGGCAUGGAUGGUUGGAACCAACAGCUAAUGACAGCACAGGAGCAUGUGUCGUACAAGAGCACGGUGGGAGGUCCUGCAGAAUAUCUGGGAGGCAACAAUAGUUUGGGCUCUCUCGAACCAAAUUAUUUCGAUACCCUGGGCGCGGCGACUGGUGUCGAUUUUUCAGGCUUUGGUGUGGGCGCUACAGGAACUUCGUUUGGAGCGACGUUCGGAAACCCUAUUACUGCCAUGGGUGCGAGUCAUAAUAUUGUGUGGCAAACACAGCAGCAGCGCGAGCAGGAGAUGCGCGAGCAAGAGAUGCGUGAGCAAGAGAUGCGUCAACAACAACAACAACAACAACAACAACAACAACAACAACAACAACAACAACAACAACAACAACAACAACAACAACAACAACAACAACAACAACAGCAACAACAACAGCAGCAACAGCAGCAACAGCAACAGCAACAGCAACAACAGCAGCAUCAAAGACAACAACUCUUUGGCAGCCCAUCAUCGUCUACACAAGAUGCACCGCAGGUCCACAUCAAGCAAGAGUCAUUUCAGUUCUCUCCAGAUCUAGUGAAUCAGGUGUAUCAAAAGUCAUUAACGGUGAUGGAAACAGGCCAGGCACCCAACGACAGCAAGCAAAGUCCGAUGAGGAGCAGUGCCAGUGCGAGCCCGUUGUCGGAAAUGACGUUACCGGUACCGAUGCUGAAAUCAGAGACGCAGGACGCACAGCAGCAGCAGCUUCAACGAAGGAUGUCGGAAGCAGAUGGCGACAAUAACCUUGGCCUGGACAUGCAGUCAGACACUUCCAGCUACUUCAACUCGCCGCUUGAGGGCCUAGCUGUGGAUGACACGGCUAUGGAGGACAUUGCGGAGGAAACGUGGUGAUAUAGAGGCGAAUGAAGGAUAUGUUUUUUCUUUCUCGUCUGUUCUUUUUUUUACCUUGUACAUGUUUUUGUCAAAUAGAUCAUACUCCCUUUUCUUGUUUCAUCAUCUCUUCAAUCAUGGCAUUACAUAAAGUACCCUUUCAUUACGGCAAAAAGGAGUCGAUAUGCUUUAUUUUCCAAAAUGCAAACGUUGCAGUGCAUUUGUAUCCUACGGGUUAAAUU